AUGCUAAGAAUUGGUGUGGUGGGAAGCAGAUGUCUUUUGCAACAGACAGUCGUCAGUUCAAACUUGCUAUCCGUUCGUAACUCGACUAGUUUAUUAUCGUCGUUUACACAGCAACCGACCGUUGAUGAUGAUCAUCAUCAUUGCAACUACUACCACUCUUCAUCAUCAUCAUCGUCGUCAUCGUCGUAUUCAGGCAGGUCAAGUCGAUCAUCGAGUAGACCUCGUAAUAUCUCAAGACAUUUUGAUUCAUCUUCAUCGUCGUUAUCAAAGAAGGGAGGGGGAGGAGGAGGAGGAGGGUCUAGAAAGAACUUUUCAUUCAAGAAUACCACCCCUUUGUCAUAUCAAUCAUCUACUACUACUACUACUACUACUGCUGCUGCUGCUGCUCACUCAUCGAUCGAUACCAAUCAUGUAGAUGAACAGGAAGGGAGACGUAACUAUCCCAGUGAUCCCUAUAGAAAGCGAGCCAAAAAAGGGAGAAGAGAAAGAGCUAUAGCUAGAAAAGAACGACAAGCCGAGCAAGAGGUACAUACCUCAUACUCAUCACCAUCAUUGAACUUUGACACUGGUUCGACAACAAAAGAAACUACAAUGACAACAAACCCAACCCCAGUCUUGGAAUCUAUUCCUCAACAAGAUCUCUCCCCACCAUCAUCAUCAUCAUCAUCAUCCUCAUCAUUGAACCUUGACAUUGAUUCGAACCGUUCGACAACAAAAGAACCUUCAACAACAGAUACCAAUCAAGAACAACAAGAGGAGGAAGAGGAAGAAGAAGGUCAACAUAAUGAUCCCCAUGGAAAGCGAGCCAGAAGAGGAAAACGAGCAGAAAUUAAAGAAAGAAGAAGACAAAGGAGAGCGCAACGCCAUGAGGAGGUACAAACCUCAUCCCCAUCCUCAUCGUUGAACCCCGACACUGAUUUGAACCAGUCAACAAUAGAAACUACAACAACAACAAACUCAACCUCAGUCUUGGAAUCUAUUCCUCAACAAGAUCUCUCCCCACCAUCAUUAUCAUCCUCUUUAAAAGUUGAAGAGUCUACUCCAUCAAGUGUUAUAUCAAUGGCAAUAGCCAACAAAACACUUCUUAUAAAGAUCCCUCGAAGACAUAGAACAACUGGUGUUGAAUCAAACAAAAAUAUUAUUUCGGACCCACCCAUUCCUCCAAUCCAACAACAAUUUGUUCUUCCAGACUUAUUUAAUAAUAAUAAUAAUAAUAAUAAUCAUAAUAAUAGCAGUGAUAAUAAUAAUAAUAAUGAUAAUAAUAAUAUUCAAAUCAACAAAUCAGAGCAACAAAAAGAUAAUAUUAACAUUGAAAACAACAACAAAACUGAUAGUAUUGAUAAUACAGAUAGCAUUCUCAAAAAAGAAAAUGAUGAUCAAGUAAUAGAUGGUGAUCAUGAUUCAAAGGAAAAUGACAACCCUAUCAAUCAUAUUGAAUUACCACGUUCAUCAUCUUUUGUCCCUACAAACAAACCCUCUAUGCACCCAAGGGAUGCAUCAAAUAUAAGACUAGAGUUGUUGAUUGGACAACUCAAACAUAACGUUGACAGUCUUAGGGCUGAAUCCAAAGGGAUCUUCAACUAUAAAGGAGAGAUUGCACAGAGCGUCACAUUGAUGAAGUCUAUUAUUGGCCAAUUAAAUGAAAACAAGUCACAACAAGCCUUUGAUAUGUUGUUGGUCAAUCAAAAAUCCAUUUUACAGCGACAAGAUACAAUUCAAAAGAAAUUGGAUAGUUUUGAGUCUUUCAUCUAUCUUCAAUCACCACAACAACAACAACCAACAAUAACACCAACAAUAACGCCAACAAUAACACCACCAAUAACAACAAUAGAUACAAUAGAAAAUGUAAAAGAACAAAUGAAAUUCCCAUACGAACUAGCAUACCAACUUGCAAUCAAAAUUCAAGUAGAAAUGAAAGAUGGAGUCAUUGAUAUUAAAAAACUGCUUGAAUUGGGAGAGUUUAUGUCUGUAUCAAUGGGCUACUGGGUAAGAGUCCAAAAGCAAUUAGAGAGAGAGAAAGAAGUAACAGAAUUAAUCAGAUGGUCGUCAAACAAGUGCCUCGAGAGCCUCAUUGCUCUUAUAUCGACUUUUGGAAAGGACAGGUUCCUUCAACACAUCCCACAACUUGAAAAGAUGAAAUAUUUUGUCUCCAAAGAUGAUAGCGCCUACGUUUCUCUCAACUAUGAUGAAGCCAGAGGUCUAUCAAAAUCCAUUCCUUUUGCGCGCAGCCUUUACAAGAUGAUUCAUAUCCAUAAACGCCAUUUUGAAUCUACUGGAACAACAGCAACAAACAAAUUACCACCAAUAACUAUUAUUGAACCAACAACAACAACAACACCAACAACAUCAACAACAUCAACAACAACAACUAAUAUAACAACACCACCAACAACUACUGAAACAAUCGCAGUCGAAGAUGCAAAUGAAGUAACAUCCGCAUCAGUUAUCAAGCCACUACCAACAGCCAUUGCAGUAGAUUUAUUGGGAACCAAUCUAUUUGAACUUUUAGCCGAUAGAGAUGAUGUUGCACUUUCACAAGAUGAAUUUGAAAUGGUGCAGUUGGCUUUGGGAUGUCUUAUAGUAAUAGAAGGCUCAUUUCCAUCGGAACAACAAGCAUAUGCCAAUUGUGUAGUAGAUUUGGUGGAAAAAUCUGGCAGAUUCCCAAAUCAAACCAAGCUCGUCAAAACCGAGGGAGAAACGGCCAAGGUCGAUACCGUUUAUUUGAAAUGGAAUUCGUUACAACCAUCAUUUAUCAAAUCAACCAGUCGCAUUCGAAAACUCUUACAAGCAAACAACGCAGAAUUCAAGGAACGAUCAUUUUUUGCUGCAAAGUUGUAUGGCUUUGAAAGAGUAAUGAGAGAUGCUCUUCGAUUCAUCAAAAAGAAACAAUGUCCACCAUCUACUUUGGAACCAUUCAUUCAAGCCGCUAUAAAUACCAAGUAUAUCGUAUCACUCAUGCAAACCCAAGUACCCUUUUCUGAUUUGGCUUGCUAUUACAACAAAACGUUCUUUCUUGGUAAAAAAGCAAUCCUUGCCCUCGAAGGUUUGCCCACCGGCGUCCGAGACCGUUUGGCUGAAAUUUCAUCAUACAGCAGCUUCAGAGGUACAAGCUUUGGGUUUUCUCCCACUUUUUUUGAUGCAUUAAAUGAAAUCAGAUCGAUCGACCAUACCUUGCCUCUAAAAACCAUCCUUGGCAACCCAAUUCAACAAAAGCAUGGACUCUUUAUAAAAGCAUAUGAUUUAUAUCCAAAGGAAUUGCUUGCAGAACUUGGAAACCAAAAGGAAUCUUCAUUACCUCAAGAAUCAUAUCCCCAUCAACAACAUCAACAACAAAAACAACAACCUCAACAACAACAACAACCUCAACAACAACAAGAAAUACAACCUUCUACUCAACAACAACAAAAUGAAUUAGAACCAUUUGAACCAAAUUCAUAUGAUGAACGUGGUUUUCAUCAUCGAACAAUUCAAAGAGAAUUUUUUAGAUUAUCAAAGACUCAACCUAUCUAUCGAUCCAUUUCCCGUCUUGACAAGAUCGUUUAUGAUCAAAAAAAGGGAUUUUUCAUUCCAACAGGUCACAAGCUACGAGCUCCAUUCAGCGAUAUCUUUGGAGCCGUAUAUAAAGUUCCAUUUGAAAGAUCACAAUCAAGAGAAACUGAAGAACAACAAGAAGAAGAAAACGAGGAGAAACCAACAUCUAAAUAUUCAUCAAACAAAAAAGAAAAAGAAACUUCUCAGCUUAAAUUCAUUUCUAUACUUGGUUCAGUAGUGGCUGCUUUAUCAUUUGGUUUCUAUCAUGAUGAAAUUUUAAAGAUUGUAUUCAAAUAA